CAUGGCUUUCCUGGAGAAUGGAAACCACACUGCAGUGACAGAGUUUGUUUUAUUGGGAUUAACAGAUGACCCCGUCCUUAGAGUCGUCCUCUUCACCAUCAUCCUGUGCAUCUACCUGGUGACUGUGUCUGGGAACCUCAGCACCAUCCUUCUCAUCAGAGUCUCUGCCCAGCUCCAUCACCCCAUGUACUUUUUUCUUAGCCACUUGGCUUUUGCUGACAUAGGCUACUCAUCUUCUGUCACACCCAAUAUGCUGGUCAACUUCCUGGUAGAGAAAAAUACCAUCUCCUACCUUGGAUGUGGCAUUCAGCUUGGCUCAGCUGUUUUCUUUGGGACAGUUGAAUGUUUUCUUCUGGCUGCCAUGGCUUAUGAUCGUUUUAUAGCAAUCUGUAGCCCAUUGCUUUAUUCAAGCAAAAUGUCCACACAAGUCUGUGUCCAGUUACUUGUAGGAUCUUAUAUUGGUGGUUUUCUUAAUGCUUCCUCCUUCACGUGUUCCUUCUUUUCACUACUUUUUUGUGGACCAAAUAGAGUCAAUCACUUUUUCUGUGAUUUUGCCCCAUUAGUAAAGCUCUCCUGUUCUGAUGUCAGUGUCCCUGCAGUUGUUCCCUCAUUCACAGCUGGAGCCAUCAUUGUGGUGACAGUGCUUGUCAUAGCUGUUUCCUACAUCUACAUCCUCGUCACCAUCCUGAAGAUGCGCUCCACUGAGGGUCGCCGCAAGGCCUUCUCCACCUGCACCUCCCACCUCACUGCAGUCACUCUGUUCUAUGGAACCAUCACAUUCAUCUAUGUGAUGCCCAAGUCCAGCUACUCCACAGACCAGAACAAGGUGGUGUCUGUGUUCUACAUGGUGGUGAUCCCCAUGUUGAACCCCCUCAUCUACAGCCUCAGGAAUAAUGAGAUUAAGGGUGCUCUGAAGAGACAGAUUGGUAGAAAAAUAUAUUUUAGAGGUAUUUGA